GAAAUUAGAGUUGCCAAAAAGGCAAAACCCUAGUUUUAGACCAAAAAUAAAAAAAGUAGAAUCUUUGUGAUUCCAGUAAUCAUCAACGGCUCCGAUUGGCGCGGUUAUAUAUCCUGCACCAUUUUUGCAUCAGACUACCUUCAUUUUUUCUGACUUAGUAUUGGUAAUAAAUGAAAUAGCAGAGUAAUAAGAGAGAGAAAGCUAGAGAGAGAAAGUAAGUGAGAGAAAGAAGCCGCCAUCAUCAUGUGUGGCAUACUUGCCGUCUUCGGAUGUCUCGAUACUUCUCAUAUAAAGAGGUCUAGAAUCAUCGAGCUUUCUCGGAGGUUACGCCAUAGAGGCCCUGACUGGAGUGGCAUACACUGUUUUGAGAAUUGUUACCUUGCUCAUCAGCGGUUAGCUAUUGUUGAUCCCACUUCGGGAGAUCAGCCACUUUAUAACGAGGACAAGACCAUUGUUGUCACAGUCAAUGGAGAGAUAUACAACCACAAACAGUUACGAGAAGAGCUGAAGCUUAAGUCGCAUGAGUUUCGCACUGGUAGUGAUUGUGAAGUAAUUGCUCACCUUUAUGAAGAAUAUGGGGAAGAGUUUGUGAAUAUGCUCGAUGGGAUGUUCUCCUUUGUACUUCUUGAUACACGUGAUAAAAGCUUCAUUGCUGCUCGUGAUGGUGUUGGAAUUACUCCACUGUACAUGGGUUGGGGUCCUGAUGGGUCCAUUUGGUUUGCUUCAGAGAUGAAGGCCUUAAGUGAUGAUUGUGAACGAUUUAUCACUUUUCCCCCAGGACAUAUAUAUUCAAGCAAACAGGGCGAGUUAAGAAGGUGGUACAACCCACCAUGGUUCUCAGAGAAGAUACCUUCAGCUCCAUAUGAUCCAAUAGUUUUACGUGAAGCUUUUGAAAAGUCUGUUCUUAAGAGAUUAAUGACAGAUGUCCCAUUUGGUGUACUUCUGUCGGGUGGACUGGAUUCAUCUCUUGUUGCUGCUGUAGCAUCACGUCACUUGGAAGAAAUGGAAGGAGCAUACCAAUGGGGUUCACAGUUGCAUUCCUUUUGCAUUGGUUUGAAGGGUUCUCCGGAUCUCACAGCUGCAAGAGAGGUUGCUGAUUAUCUUAAAACUCGUCAUCAUGAGCUUACUUUCACUGUUCAGGAAGGCAUAGAUGCACUUGAAGAGGUUAUAUAUCAUAUAGAAACCUAUGACGUUACAACUAUCAGAGCCAGCACCCCUAUGUUUUUGAUGUCUCGCAAAAUCAAAUCCCUUGGAGUAAAGAUGGUUCUCUCUGGUGAAGGAUCUGAUGAAAUUUUCGGUGGUUACUUGUAUUUCCACAAGGCACCUAACAAGAAGGAACUCCAUGAGGAAACAUGCAGAAAGAUUAAAGCUCUCCAUCUGUAUGAUUGCCUGAGAGCCAAUAAGGCAACAUCAGCCUGGGGUGUUGAAGCACGAGUUCCUUUUCUGGAUAAAGAAUUUAUUAAUGUUGCAAUGAGUAUUGAUCCAGAGUGGAAAAUGAUAAAACGUGAUCAAGGGAGGAUUGAGAAGUGGAUUUUACGGAAUGCUUUUGAUGAUGAAAAGAAACCGUAUCUGCCCAAGCACAUAUUGUACCGGCAAAAGGAACAGUUCAGUGAUGGAGUGGGAUACAGUUGGAUUGAUGGCUUGAAGGAUCAUGCUAGCAAACAUGUUACGGAUUCAAUGUUGGCAAAUGCGAAUUUUAUUUACCCUGAAAAUACUCCAACAACUAAAGAAGGGUAUUAUUACAGGGCGAUUUUUGAAAAAUUAUUUCCAAAGAAUGCUGCUAGACAAACUGUUCCAGGUGGUCCAAGUGUUGCCUGCAGUACUGCUAAAGCAGUGGAGUGGGAUGCUGCAUGGUCGAAAAACCUUGAUCCAUCUGGUCGUGCUGCUCUUGGGGUUCAUGAAGCUGCUUACUAGCAAGAAGCUGUAAACAAAUGUUAUUCCAGUCUUUCUGUCAUCCGUUGAGAGAUCAAGACGGAGUCAUUAACAAAGACUGCCAAAGCUGUCAAAUUGAGGACUCUGGUCGCUGGUGCAUUUUCUCUUGAGAAGCAAUCUCAUGGCGCCUUGUUUCCAGAGGAUAUUUUGCAUGGACUUUGGGUUGCUCGGGAAAAAGGGUGGAGCAUUCCUUGUUUCUAUUAACUUCAAAUGGCGCAAAAGAUUAAUUCUGAUUUGAGAAUGAUUUUCUUUGAUAAUUUGUUCUGUACUUUUGUUAUAGUGGCCCUUUUGUUUUGGCUGAAAUCGGUCUUUUAGGAUCCCUUUCUCCUCAGAUCCCUUAGUUAUAUCAUUUUUAGCUGCUUGUAACCUUGAAUAAUGAAUACAGUUCCUUGGAAUAUGUCGUUGCUCUGCUACCAGUUUUAGAAAUAAGCCGAAGUAAUUGAAGCUUAAAUCACUUGUUUAGAAUUUCUGAAUGUGUUUAGAUCAUAGGUGCUUUCGUGUGUAGUGUUACCUUUAACAUUGUAAGUUCAAGAUUACUAUCGAGUUAGACAAAGCAAGCACGAAGUAUAUCACACUUCUCAAAUGAUACCAUGGUUGAUAAUUUAUAUGUUCA